AUGUCCUCAUCACAGCAAAACAUACUCUCCGGGCUCGCUCUGAGGCCAAAGCCUUCCAACGCACCCCCGGAAAGUGACAAAAAUCAAGCCAAGAACGAAACCACUAUCCUCCUACGCAAGUCCGACACCGAAGGCUGGUCCGAAGAGAAGCUCACCAUGGCCCUGAACGACCACGCAGCGAAGAGCCAGCCACCUACAGACACACCUCCAGUCGCGCCUGCACAAGCCGAAUCACAGGGACAGCCAAAGGUCACCAGUUAUGAGCGAGUACGACGCUUGGCACGGUGGCAAGAGACCGUCCUCCUCCUCCGCCAGGCCGAAAUGGAAGGGUGGAGCGACGAGAAGCUGACGCGUAUGCUUCGCACCCGGGCCGAACUCCGCCAGGAGAUCCUGCGCACAAGGGCAAACUCCGCCUGA